CAAUUCUGCCGCGAGGCAUUGGUCUGGCAGCAUCUCCAGCAUCCCAACAUUCUCCCUCUCAUGGGGAUCGACCAGGAGACGUUUCCGUAUUCCCUCUGUCUCAUUUCGCCUUGGAUGCAGAACGGAACAGUUCUGAAGCAUCUGGAAGAAUACGGUCGAGGUAAUGUGAAUAAGCUUCUGCUCGACAUCGCACGGGGACUCGAAUAUCUUCACGAAAAAAACAUUAUUCACGGCGAUCUUCGUGGAGUGUGCCUGUCCACCCUUCGUCCGGUUCCGGAUGGCUGAUGACUUGGACAGGCCAACGUCUUGAUUGAUGCGAGCUGGACCGCAUGUUUGGCCGAUUUCGGCCUGACCUGUUUUUCCGAUGCGACUUCAGCCACGAACGACACGACGAAUCGACCUGGGAGUGCUCGAUGGAUGGCUCCAGAGCUGUUGUAUCCGGAUCUAUUCGGUGUGAAAUUCCAGCGCACGUGCUCGACGGACAUGUUUGCGUUCGCAUGUGUCUGUCUCGAGGUGCGAAGAUUCGAGCUAAUCUUGUCAGGUGGCUGAUCGCAUCCAGCUCUACACGGGCAAACCGCCCUUCUCGUCUCUCAAGGAGCCGGAAGCUCUGCUGCGGGUCAUCAACGGCGAGCGGCCGCAGCGACCCUCGAAUGGAUCCGAAGAAAUGACGGACCCCAUGUGGGAGUUGGUCAACGAGUGCUGGGCUCAGGACUCGGAGAAGAGAUUGAGUGCGGCCAGCGUGAUCCUCCAGAUCAGGCUGUUCUGCGAUGGACUAGGUCAGAAAGAAGCGACUAUGAUCCGGAUCCUGCAGAAUCUCUCGCCAUCUCGACGAGAUCGAUGGGAUUUCGAGCAGGGCAAGCUUAGGCCCAGGAUCAGCCUCGAGUCUUUCGUGUAACGCAUAGGAAGGCCGACGUCAGAGUAUCUUGUUUAUACCCCACGCAUUCGAUACCCCC